AUGCCCAAUUUUACCACGAGAAAGCCACCUACUACAGGAAACGAAAUGAAGAGUGCCAUUCAGGGGACCACAACAAGGCGACAGGGCUUUCAUGAUUUGAGCAAAAGAAGGGCUUUCUUACAGGACAACAGCUGGAUAAAGAAGCAUCCUGAAGAAGAAAGAGAUGAAAAUUAUGGUAGGGUGGUGCUCAGCCGACAUAAUUCCCAUGAUGCCUUGGACAGGAAAAAAAAUGAUGGAGAGGAACCAAAAGCCACAAUUAGUCGUUACAGAUCGGAUGACACUUUGGAUAGGAUCUCAGACAGAAAUGAUGCUGUUAAAACAUAUAAGGCCAAUACCUUGGAUAACCGACUAACUAAUAGAAGCUUGUCUACAUUUAGAUCACCAGAAACAACAAAAACGCAACCUGGAGUUUCAUUCAGUGAAGUCACCACCACAAUCCCAGCUUCUACCUCUACAACAACUCCUGUAAAGAAAAAGAGACAGUCCUGGUUUCCGCCACCACCUCCUGGUUACAAUGCUGCCCCAAGCCCAGGAACAAGCAGAAGGGAACCAACUGUUCAUCCUCCAAUACCUCCAAAGCCUAGUUCUCCUAUUUCAUCUCCUCACAUGCUGAGAAGGGAUAAUAGGAAGAUAUGUCCACCCAAACCAGGUGUAUAUACAGAAACUAACAGAGACACUGAAAGAAAUAUAAGGAGCCAGGAUCUUGAGAACAUUGUCAAAGUGGCCACUUCGCUGAAGAAAACUGACAAGGGUGAAGAAUUAGAUAAUCUUAUCAAGAUGAACAAAAGUUUGACCAGAAAUCAGGGUCUUGAUGGUCUCUUCAGAACAAGUCCAACGACAGAACAAACAGAGAAAAGAGCCAAAAGUCUUGAAAGUCUCAUCUUUCUGAAUGCCCAGAAGGACAAAGAUGGCAAAGGAAACCAAACCCUCAGCACUUUCAUGAAAGAAAAUCCCAGAACGGUCAAGAAUAAUAAAGGAAAUCAAGAUCUAGAACCAGUUACCAAAGUGAACACUAGUGCAGACAAUGCUAGAAGAGGAGGUGAAUACCUUGACAAUGUUAUCAAAGUGAAUACCAAAGAACAUCAAAGUGCCACUGGAAAACAAGACCUCAGUGGACAUAUUAAAGAAAAUCCUGAAACAAAUAAAAAUAUCAAGAGGGGCCAAAGCCUUGAUAAUCUCAUCAAAGUGACCCUUGAAGAAAAGAGAAGUAGCCCACGUUCCAAGGAGUGUGAUAACCUCAUCAAAGUGAAUCCAAGAACAGAUAAAAAUGUACAAGGGGGUCAAAAUCUUGACAGUCUCACCAAAGUGACUCCUGAAAUGAAGAAAAUUAAGCAAGGCUUAUUGCCCAAUAAUAAGGAGAACCAAGGCCUGGACAAUCUCAUCAAAGUAGUCCCCUCAGCAAAUAAGAACUCUGAACAAAGUCUUGAUGAACUAAUUAAAGUAAACCCGAAAGCUGUCAAAAUCACAACUCGAAAUCAAGAUCUUGAUAAACUCAUCAAAGUAAAUCCUGAAACUCUCACCAACAACUUAAGAAACCAGGAUCUCAAUAACCUCAUCAAGGUGAAUCCUGAAGUCAUCCAAAGCAAUCAGAGCCCAGAUAAUCUUGCUAAGGUGAACCGUUCAGCACUCAGGAACUCUAAGCAGCUAGAAGGCCAUGCCAGUAGAUCCACUGAUGCUCUGAACAACCAGACCACAAGAACUACUGUUAAUUCUUAUGAAGCCAGGAAGAAUCGCAGUUCUUAUGAGGAAACCAGGCCUGCAGGAGCAAAAGACACUAUUGUGUAUACAAGGACAUAUGUGGAGAAUAGUAAAUCACCCAAGGUUGGAUAUCAAGAAAAUUUAUCUGGAAAAUACAUUCAAACUGUUUAUUCAACCUCAGAUAGAUCUGUCAUUGAAAAAGAUAUGUGCACUUACUGCCGAAAACCCUUGGGUACAGAAACAAAAAUGAUUUUAGAUGAAUUACAAAUUUGCUGCCAUUCCACUUGCUUCAAGUGUGAAAUAUGCAAAAAACCUUUGGAGAAUCUACAAGCUGGUGACAGUAUUUGGAUUUAUAAGAAGACAAUACACUGUGAGCCUUGCUACUCUAAAGUUAUAGCAAAGUGGAUUCAGUAAUUCUGGCACAUUGAAAUCAAGAUGAAAAUACUUAUUAAGAAAUUCUAAUAUUUUUUCAGUUUUAGACUAUAUCAUCUAGAUAAAU